AUGGACCGCCUCCUGCUGUCGUCCCGCCCACCGCUCCCCGUCCCGACCCACGCCGCGGCCGCGGCGGGCGCCGACGGCGACCUCCUCGAGCUCGACGUGCUCUGGCCGGCCACCCCGUCCGCGGUAGGCCUCGGCCUCCUCGCCGCGCUCCCGGAGGACGAGGGCAAGAAGAAGAAGCGCGCCGCGGCCGUGGUCGGCGCGGGCGGGGUCGGGGUCGGGGGGCCCGCCCGAUCCGCCGCGCGCCCCGUCCCGGAGACCGCCGCGGCGGCGUCCACGAUGGCGAGGUCGGCGCCGGUGCGGAUACAGUCGGAGUCCGCGCGGAGGAGGAGGUGGGCCCACGCCGUCGCGGGGGCGGGCGGCAGCGCGGAGGACGCCGUGGUCCCCCCGCACGAGAUCGUCGCGCGCCGCGCCGCCGCGCACAGCUCGGUGCUGGAGGGCGCCGGGAGGACGCUUAAGGGCCGCGACCUCCGCCGCGUCCGCAACGCCGUCCUGCGCCGCACUGGCUUCCUCGACUGA